AUGCUAGAAGACAGUUUCCUGGUACUAAAAGUUAAUCAUGCUCCCCCAGAUUUAUACAAUAAUAGAGCUUCAAAGAUCCAAAAAGUUCUGCAUUCCUCUAUAAAUUCAAUUCCAAAACGUUCUUCGUCUGCUAAUUUAAAUUCAAUCCCCAAAUCAAAUGGUACCGUUAUAAAUAAUACAAAUAACAAUAAUAACAAUAAUAAUAAUAAUAAUAAUAAUAAUAAUAAUAAUAAUGACUCAGAUUCUGAUAAGAGUUUUUCCUCGGAUGAACACUAUGCCAAUAAUAUAUCAAAUGAUAAUAAUAAUAAUAAUAAUAACAGUGAAAGAGCUAGAAACCACCUUAAAACUGAGGGCUCAAUGUCCUUUUUAGAUCAAUAUUUACCCAGUCGUGCUUCUGGUGACGAUAUUGUCAAAAUAAUCAUGUUAUUAGGAUUUUAUCCCUCUGAUAUUAAAGAUUAUAACAAUGAACAACAUAUUUUACACUUAAUCAAAUGUUUGCAAAAAGCCAUGAAUAAGGUGUUAACAUCAAGAAAUCGCUUGAAUAAUUUUAGUACAAUUGAUAACUUUGUCACAAAAUUAUUAAAUGCUAAAAAAGUCCUAGUAUUAACAGGAGCAGGAAUUUCCACAUCAUUAGGUAUUCCUGAUUUUAGAUCUUCAAAGGGUUUUUAUUCGAGAUUAACUAAUUUAGGGCUAAGUGAUCCCCAAGAAGUAUUUGAUUUAAAUACUUUUCAUUUGGACCCAACUAUUUUCUACUCGAUCGCUGAUAUGAUUUUACCACCAAACAACAUUUUCACUCCACUACAUGCUUUCAUCAAGAUAUUACAAGAUAAGGGGAAAUUAUUAAGAAACUAUACACAAAAUAUCGAUAAUUUAGAGAGCAUCGUCGGAAUAAAUCCAGAUAAACUAAUCCAAUGCCAUGGAUCAUUUGCGACUGCGACAUGCCAAACAUGUGGCUAUCAAGUAAAGGGUUCUUUGAUAUUUGAUGACAUCAGAAAGAAAAAUUUAGCUAUUUGUGUUAGAUGCGAAAAAAAGAGAAAUGAGCUAUUAGACAACGCAAGAUCAAUGAAACCGUCUUUUGGGGUUAUGAAACCCGACAUAACGUUUUUCGGCGAAGCCUUACCAGAAAGAUUCCAUGAUUAUUUGAAAAAGGAUAUUAAAGAUUGUGAUUUGUUAAUCUGCAUUGGAACAUCGUUAAAAGUUGCACCAGUCUCUGAGAUUGUUAACAAGAUUCCUGAGGAUGUUCCUCAAAUUUUGAUCAAUAGAGAUGAAGUGAAACAUUGCCAAUUCGAUAUCAAUUUAUUAGGGUAUUGCGAUCAAAUUAUCUGCUACAUUUGCGAUAAAUUAGGAUGGAAGAUACCCCAUGAGAAGUACAAUUCGAUAUUGAAUAGUGGAUUGGAGGUUGUAACACUUAAUAGCGAGACUGGCACCUACGAGAUUACAGACGAGAACCAAAGACGCGAGAGAGCAUUGAAGGAAGAGGAAAACGACGAUGAGGACGACGAAGACGAAGACGACGACGACAGAGAGAAUGACUCUGACAGUGACUAGCACAUAGACAGUAGCUUAGUACAGCGAUAGAAUAUAGAAACAGCAUUCAAUCGAUAGUUUUAAGAGAACA